AUGUUCCGAGUCUUGGGAUCCGUCUGGGUAUCGCUGCUCCUCCUGGGCCCUUGCCUGGCCGACGUCUUCGAUGAGUGUAACCAGGGCAAUAGCUUGACGUUUGUUACCUCACCAAAGAGUUGCGCACACUAUAUUUUCUGCAACGGCGAUGAGUCAUACGAUGGCGAGUGCGAGGAGGGCGAAUACUUCAGUGCCGAUAUGGAAAUGUGCGAGCCCAUGGGCGACAUUGAUUGUCGAACGGGAUUGGCGGUGCAGGCGGAAGGUGAAGCCGAUGGCUCAGCGGAGAUUAGCUCGGGCGCUUCUGAGGUGGAGGAGCCCACUACGAUUUCAGCAGAUGUGAACACCACGUCGAAGCCGUCGGUGAUUGUCACCCUGCGCCCAUCAGUCAGUCAGAAUGGGAGCUCGAGUACCGAUUCCACGGCCGUGGCUCCCGGCAUUGAGGUGGUUGUGACCAACGUGUGCCCCCAACUGGACAAUCAAAGCCGCAUCGCACUGCUGCCAAAUCAGAACUCCUGCUCAGACUACUUCAUUUGCUAUCGGGGCCAGGCUCUUGCCAUGAGCUGUGCCGCCAGCUUGCAUUUCAAUUCCCGCACGGGCAAGUGCGAUCAUCCGGAGAACGUCAGAUGUUUGACAAUGGCUUUCAAUCCCCGAGAGCAGUGCAAACGCCAUGUAAUAGAUGUUUAUCCGCAUUCCGACAACUGCAAUUACUUCUACCAAUGCCGAUCUGGCUACCUGAUGGUGCAGCAGUGCCCCUUCUUCUACGGAUGGGAUUACGAGAAGCGAUCUUGCGUUGCACUAGGUCAGGCCAAGUGCUAUAACAAAAUUCAAAUGCAGAUGAAAUUGAAAUAAAGAGCGAUAUUGCU